AUGGCGCUGGCCUCCAAUGGCACUUCCCUGCCCGCCCGUCCUCUCCCCAAGCUGUUCAACAGCCAUGACGGAAGCUCCUCCGGCACUGGAACUCCCAUCGGCUUCCAGCGUUACCCUCACAACAAGCACCUCGACCAUGCUGUCGGCCCCAACUCGCGGCAUCCGUCGCCGCAGCCCACUCACCUGGGUAUCCCCGGCACUCCCCACCGCAUGCUGUCCGAGGAGGACCCCGGAUAUAUCGCUGCCACCUUCGAAGGCAAGCAGAAGCAGAUGGAGCAAGUGAUGGAUCAAUUGGAAGAGAAGGGCUUCUUCCCCGCCGAUUUCAUCACCUCCGAAACCACCUGGUUCUAUAACAUGCUGGGUAUCGAUGAUACCUACUUCCAGACCGAGUCCGUGGAUAACAUUGUCACCCACAUCCUCUCUCUCUACGCUGCCAAGGUUGCCGCCUACGCUCGCGAUGACAAGAAGCUGGAGAUCCGUUUGGACAAGGAGGCCGAGGACCACGCCGUCUACAUCGACACCAGUAAGCCUGGUGUUGCCUCCAUGGAUGGCCCUCGCUACGAGCAGCGUAUCGAUGAGAAGUACAUCAACCCCUCCAAGGGUGCCAACAGCUACCGUGUGGAGACUUUCCGCUCGCCUACUGCCCUCCCUGGUGACAAUGGCCAGCAGCUGCGCUGCUACUUCGUGUACAAGUGCCAGUUCGCCAACCCCAACCCUGACCCCAACGAGACCAACAUCGAUAUCAUCGGUGAGAAGCGCUUCCUCCAGAAGGCCACCCCCAACACCAAGGCUGUCUACCAGGAGAUCAUCUCUACUGCGGUCAGCCGCACCGGUCCCGUCAUUGAGAUGUUCGAGAUCGAGGGCAGCCGCGAGAAGCGCGUUGUCAUUGCCUACCGCCAGGGCUCCGCCAUGGGCCUGUUCAGCGCUCUGUCUGACCUGUACCACUACUACCGCCUGACCAGCUCGCGCAAGUACCUCGAGCACUUCUCCAACGGUAUCACUGUUAUCUCUCUGUACCUGCGCCCCUCAGACUCUCCUGAGGUUGCCGCUCGCUACCCUCCCAUUGAGGCUGCUAUCCACCAGAUCAUGAAGGAGAUCUCUCUCCUCUACUGUAUCCCCCAGAACCGUUUCCAAAGCCACUUUGCUACUGGCCGCCUCAGUCUUCAGGAGACUAUCUACGCUCACUCUGCGUGGGUCUUUGUGCAACAAUUCCUCAACCGUCUUGGCUCUGAAUAUACCUCUCUGUCCGCUCUGCUGGAUCCCAACAACAGUGUCCACGCUGAGCUUCUCUCCAAGAUCAAGAAGCGUCUCCGUACUGAGACCUUCACUGCCGACUAUAUCUUCGAGAUCAUCAACCGCUACCCCGAUCUCAUUCACAAGCUCUACUUGGACUUCGCCAACACCCACUAUGUACAGACCCAGGGCCCCACCAGCGAUGACUUCCUGCCUACUCUCUCCUACCUCCGUCUUCAGGUGGAUGAGGUUCUCGACAGCAACAAGCUGAAGCACUUGAUCCGCAGCUCGGCUGCCAACGAGCACGACGAGAUGGUUAUGACCUCUUUCCGCGUAUUCAAUGCCUCCAUCCUCAAGACCAACUUCUUCACACCCACCAAGGUAGCCCUGAGUUUCCGCCUGAAGCCGGACUUCUUGCCGGAGCAUGAGUACCCGCAGCCCCUCUACGGCAUGUUCCUGGUGAUCGCCUCGGAGUUCCGCGGUUUCCACCUGCGUUUCCGUGAUAUCGCCCGUGGUGGUAUCCGCAUUGUCAAGAGUCGUAACAAGGAGGCUUACAGCAUCAACUCCCGCUCGCUCUUCGAUGAGAACUACAACCUUGCCAACACUCAGCAGCGCAAGAACAAGGAUAUUCCCGAGGGCGGUGCCAAGGGUGUCAUCCUCCUGGACGUCGACCACCAAGACAAGGCGCGGGUCGCCUUCGAGAAGUACAUCGACAGUAUCAUGGAUCUGCUGCUGCCUCCCGUUAGCCCUGGUAUUAAGGAUCCUAUUGUCGAUCUGCACGGCAAGGACGAGAUCCUCUUCAUGGGUCCCGACGAGAACACUGCCGAACUGGUCGAUUGGGCCACCGAGCACGCCCGCAGCCGUGGCGCCCCCUGGUGGAAGUCUUUCUUCACUGGAAAGAGCCCCAAGCUGGGUGGUAUCCCCCACGACACCUACGGUAUGACCACCCUCUCGGUCCGCCAGUACGUGCUCGGUAUCUACCGCAAGCUCGGCAUCGACCCCUCCACCAUGUCCAAGCUGCAAACCGGUGGACCCGACGGUGAUCUGGGAUCCAACGAGAUUCUCCUCUCCAACGAGAAGUAUGCCGGUAUCGUCGAUGGCUCCGGUGUCAUCGUCGACCCUCAAGGUCUGAACCACGACGAGCUGAUCCGCCUCGCGAAGAAGCGCGCCAUGAUCUCAGAGUUCGACCUGGCCAAGCUCUCGCCUGAGGGAUACCGUAUUCUCGUCGACGAGAAGAACGUCAAGCUGCCCAGCGGUGAGGUCGUUACCAACGGUAUGAUCUUCCGUAACACCUUCCACCUGCGCCACACCGAGAAGUUCGAUGUCUUCGUCCCCUGCGGUGGUCGUCCCGAGUCCAUCGACCUCUCCACUGUCGGCAAGCUCAUCGUCGACAACAAGUCCGUCGUCCCUUACAUCGUCGAGGGUGCCAACUUGUUCAUCACCCAGGACAGCAAGCUGCGCCUCGAAAAGGCCGGCUGCAUUCUGUUCAAGGAUGCCUCCGCCAACAAGGGUGGUGUCACCUCCUCCUCCCUGGAAGUCCUGGCCUCGCUCUCCUUCAACGACGAGGACUUCGUUGCCAACAUGUGUGUCGGCGAGGACGGCACUGUUCCUCAGUUCUACCAGGACUACGUCCGCUCGGUCCAGGAAGUCAUCAAGGAAAAUGCCACCCUCGAGUUCGAGGCUAUCUGGCGCGAACACGAGCAGACUGGUGUCCUGCGCAGUGUCCUGAGUGACCGUCUCAGUGUGGCCAUCACCAAGCUGGACGAGGAGCUUCAACAGACCGAGCUGUGGGAUAACAUUGCUCUCCGCCGUUCCGUUCUGGGCGACGCCCUCCCCCGUCUUCUUUUGGAUAAGAUUGGUCUCGACACUAUCUUGGAGCGGGUUCCUGAGAACUAUAUCCGCGCCAUCUUCGGUAGUCACCUGGCCAGCCGCUUCGUCUACGAAUACGGCAACCAGCCCAGCCAGUUCUCCUUCUUUGACUUUAUGAGCAAGCGUCUGGCCAAGAUCCAGUAG